GCCCCUACACACCAGACCAGACCAGACCAGCCGUGUUACAGUGCAGCUGACACAAAGCCGCAAUAAGCAUGGCUUUCGACAUAGUCCUUGCUCGCGAGCUUGUCGCAGCGUCUAUCCUCUUCUUGGUUACACGCCUUUUCAUACGUCGAGUCAUCUCCAAGCCACGAAAGCUUCCGCCCGGCCCCAAAGGGUGGCCGAUCAUUGGGGCGCUCCCACUGCUAGGCGGCAUGCCCCAUGUCGCACUAGCCCGAAUGGCCAAGCAAUAUGGCCCCGUCAUGUACCUCAAGAUGGGUACUUGCGGAAUGGCUGUGGCUUCAACGCCGGACGCUGCCCGUGCAUUCCUCAAGACCCUCGAUCUCAACUUCUCCAACCGCCCCCCCAAUGCAGGAGCCACUCACCUUGCCUACAACGCUCAGGACAUGGUCUUCGCCGACUACGGACCGAGGUGGAAAUUGCUACGUAAACUGAGCAAUCUACACAUGCUCGGUGGCAAGGCCCUUGAUGACUGGGCUCAAGUAAGGACCAUUGAACUAGGCCACAUGCUCCGGGCCAUGAACGACGCAUGCCGCCGAGGCGAACCAGUUGUCGUUCCGGAGAUGCUAACGUAUGCCAUGGCCAACAUGAUAGGGCAGGUCAUACUUAGCCGACGUGUGUUUGCGACCAAGGGGUCGGAAUCUAACGAGUUCAAGGACAUGGUCGUGGAGCUGAUGACAAAGGCCGGGCUAUUCAACAUCGGCGACUUCAUUCCAUCGAUUGCUUGGAUGGACUUGCAGGGGAUCGAAGGGGGGAUGAAGAAGCUGCACAAGAGGUGGGACGGCCUCAUCUCGAAGAUGAUAUUCGAGCACAAAGCCACGGCUCACGAACGCAAGGGAAAGCCAGACUUUCUUGAUGUAAUCUACGCCAACAGGGAUAACUCGGACGGAGAGAGGCUCACUGAAACCAACAUCAAGGCCCUACUAUUGAAUUUGUUCUCGGCCGGGACGGACACAUCAUCGAGUAUAAUCGAAUGGGCGCUGGCGGAGAUGCUGAACAACCCCAGCAUUCUGAGACGUGCACAUGAAGAGAUGGAUCAAGUGAUCGGCAGGAACCGCAGGCUGGAGGAAUCCGACAUAGCCAAGCUGCCAUACUUACAGGCCAUCUGCAAGGAAACAUUCAGGAAGCACCCGUCGACGCCGCUCAAUCUCCCAAGAGUAGCGAUCGAAGCAUGCGAGGUGAAUGGGUACUACAUACCCAAGGGCACAAGGCUGAGUGUCAACAUAUGGGGAAUUGGGCGGGACCCAGUCGUGUGGGAGAACCCCCUGAGCUUCACCCCGGAGAGGUUCUUGAGCGGCAGAAAUGCAAAGAUUGAUCCUCGUGGAAACGACUUCGAGCUGAUCCCGUUUGGAGCAGGAAGAAGGAUAUGUGCAGGGACUCGAAUGGGAAUUGUGCUAGUGGAGUACAUACUAGGCACACUCGUGCACUCRUUUGACUGGAGAAUGCCAGAUGGGGUUGAGCUAAACUUGGACGAGGCCUUYGGGUUGGCUCUCCAGAAGGCUGUGCCGCUCUCAGCCAUGGUGACCCCUAGAUUGGCCCCUACCGCUUAUGCCGCUUGACCCCGGCCCCGCCCAGUAAUUAACAAGCUGCAUGUUAAUAAUCUGGCUUCAUAAUCGAUCAGCCACUUAUUCUAUGGAGGUCUAGCUCUGCUAAUAAGUUCUAAUCUCUCGUGGUAUUUUAUAAGAGGGCUGGAUGGUUGUCCUGCAUUUCAAUUUCUUGUUCUUUAUUGCUUUUUGUUGGAUUCAGUUUCGGUGCUAUAAAUGGUUCUCUAGUCAUAAUUAAUGACCUUUUUUUA